AACAGUUGUUCUCUCCCAUGGAUUCCUUGAUCGAUUUGUGGAAUGCUUUCCAAGUUCAUAUUGAUUCAUGAACAAUUGGAUGUAAUUAACUCGGUGCAAAUUGGAAAUCAUAUCUUUUGUCCUCUAUAUAAAGCCCUGCACACUAUGGCUUGAGCACGCUAAUGUGAGUAGCAUCAUCAUCUUCUUCCUGUGAGCACAUCGAGGAAGCGAAAUGGAAGCGGGCAAGAAGCGGUUGGCCACCUUGGUCGGGUGCAACUACGCCCACACCCGCCAUGAGCUCAGCGGCUGCAUCAACGACGUCCACGCCAUGCGCGACGUCCUCGUCUCCCGCUUCGGCUUCGCCCCGGACGACGUCGUUCUCCUCACCGACGCCCCUGGCUCCGUCGUCCUCCCCACCGGCGCCAACAUCCGAGGGGCACUCGCCGCCAUGAUCGGCCGGGCCGAGCUCGGCGACGUACUCUUCUUCCAUUACAGCGGCCACGGCACACUGAUCCCGCCUGUCAGGCCGCACCAUGGCUGGCACAAGCCCGAUGAGGCCAUCGUCCCCUGUGACUUCAAUCUCAUCACCGACGUGGACUUCCGGCAACUGGUCGACCGCGUGCCGCGGGGGGCGAGCUUCACCAUCGUCUCCGACUCGUGCCACAGCGGCGGCCUCAUUGACAAGGAGAAGGAGCAGAUAGGCCCAUCCACCAUCGCCGCCGGCAGCAGCGCAGCAGUACGGAAGGCGAGAGCCAUGCCGUUCGAGUCAGUUCUGAGCCACCUGGCCUCCCUCUCGGGCAUCGACUCCCUUCACGUCGGCGACCACCUGGUGGAGCUGUUUGGGGCAGAGGCGAGCGCGAGGUUCUCUAACGGCGGCAAGCACCCGAUGCCGGUUUCGCUAGGCCACGACGACGGGAUCCUCCUCAGCGGGUGCCAGGCGAACGAGACGUCGGCGGACAUGAGCCCGUUCGAGGCGGGAGGGAAGGCGUACGGGGCGUUCACCAACGCCGUGCAGGUGGUGCUGUUCGAGAAGGAAGGGGCGGUGAGCAACAAGGAACUGGUGAUGGGUGUGCGGAAGGUUCUCCGUGAGCAAGGCUUGUCGCAACACCCUUGCCUUUACUGCAGCGACGAGAAUGCCGACGCUCCAUUCUUGUGGCCGCCGCCGCACCACCAGCAGCUACGUGCUUGCAUGUAGUGUGGUCGAUAAGCCACUGCAAGUAAAUAAGGACACACUUAAAAUAAUAAAUAUAAAUAUAAGUGGGCAAUAUAAGGCAAGAAAAAUUAUAUAUAUGUGAAAUUUGUUA